UUAGAUAUAUCAGUGGACAGUUGAUAUCAUAGUUGACCUCACGUAUAAAUAUUGACAUUGAUAUAAAUAUCAAAUCUAAAUUAACAAAGUAUAAAUUUAUUAAAUUGUGUCAAAUUUCACAAGAAAAUGAUUCGAAUGACAAUAGUAUUUUUUUUACUAGCAGCAGUGAAUAGUGUACCACAAGAUAGAAGAAAUUGGACUCUUCUUGUUAAUCCGUUGGUUUCUGCACCACCAUGUAAAGGAUAUACAAAUAUGUACAUGGAAUUCGAGCCUGGUCUGCCACCGGAUGAAGAGAACUCGUAUAAAGUUUAUGUAAACGAGGAACUGCCCCUGUACAGUCAAAUCAAAUUAAAAUUUGAUUCUGAAGCUACAAUUAUAUUAAGCAACGAAACUGAAAAUUUUGCUAGAGUGCAUGCUUUCGAAAUGCGUUUUAGUAUUCAGUUUUUCAAAAAGGCCGACCGAGCAGUGUUCCGUGUCAAGGGACCGCCCACAGGGACAAUCCCAUAUAUGACAAGUGUCGACAUCAAUUAUGUAGAAUACUGUAAAGAGCCACUAACAGCUGUUUUUGAUAAUUACCUUGUCGGGCGUAAAGGUACAGCUCAUAUUGGGCUGUCAACUCCUGAUGAUGGUUGUGGCAGACGGAAGGUUGUCCACACAGAGCUGAUCGUCAACGGACAGCCUACCAAACAUGGAGACUGGCCAUGGCAUGGAGCUAUUUAUCGACUGGACAGUUCGAGUCUUCGCUAUAUAUGCGGAGGAACAUUAGUUUCUAAAACUUAUGUCUUGACUGCUGCCCAUUGUACCACCAUUAACGGCGUUGCUGUAUUACCUGAAAUAUUGAGUAUUAUAUUUGGGAAGUACAAUUUGAUCGGCGGUGAUACAGACACACAAGAAAGAAAGAUACACGAGAUAAUAGUGCACGCUGAGUUCAACCAUAGAAAACUUCACAACGAUAUAUCACUGUUGAAAUUGAAGAGUGAAGUGACAUUUAAUGAUUUCGUUCAACCGGCUUGCCUGUGGCAUCUUAAUGCUUACAAGAAUUUACCAUUUAGCACUGUUUACGGCGCUGUUGUAGGCUGGGGAUUUGAUCACACAGACAAACUAUCGCCUGAACUACGCCAAACCAUAAUACCAAUGGUUAGUGAUUCUAAAUGUAUAAAAAGCAACCCUGAUUUUUUUGGAAAGAUAUUGAAUAAUCAAAAAUUCUGCGCAGGUUAUAGAAAUGGUACAUCAGCAUGCAAUGGCGAUAGUGGUGGUGGAUUCGUAAUAUUCGUACCUGAUAUACAAGGGGAUUACUCUGCAAAUGCAACGGGCUCUUGGUUCGUUCGAGGAAUAGUGUCAUUGGCCAUUGCUAGACGAGAUGCUGCAAUAUGUGACAAUACAGAAUACACCUUGUUCACAGAUAUUGCUAAAUAUGGCGAAUGGAUAGAAAAUCAUAUGUCAUAAAUAAUAUUCAUGAAUGAAGACUGUGAUUAUUAUAUAAUUAUAAUACGUUUUUUUUUUUAUAUUUAGACAACAAAAUUAUGUUGAAUUUGUAGCCUAUAUCAUUUUCCAACUCAAAUACUAUAUGGUUUUUUUAUGCAACUUUGAACGGCAAACAAGUUGAUGGCCCACCUGAUGGAAAGUGGUAACCGUCGCCUAUAGACAUGAAGUACCAUGGACAUAACAGAGUAUAAUGUUUCGCCCAUGAUACCCCCAUGCGUUGCCAUUCCUAAGGACUCAGAUGUUAUUCCUCUGUACCCAGUAAAUUCACGCCAUAUCCCACCCUUCAAACCGAAAUACGGCCAUGCAAACACAACUGCUUCACGGUAAAAACACGAAUGGGACAAAGACAAAGAGGUACCCAAGCAAUCGACUUUUGUACAAAGUCUCCCUCUGGUAAGGUUAAUAUGAUGGACGAUUUUGAUGAAUAAAACAGCAAAAUUUUU